GUUCUGGGCGCGUGCUGGAAGUGGGGGAAUGUGGAGCUGGGGGAGGUGGCAUUUGGGGCUCUGGUCGAGCUGGACGGCAGGGAUGCGUCGGCGUUCGCGCUCAUGGCUAAUAUCUACGGCUGCGCAGGGUUGUGGGACAAAGUGCGAGAGGUCGCGGGCUCGAAUCCUGGUGGUGGAUGUCCUUGCUAAGUUGGGAGUUCGAAUACUGGGAGUGUCAGCUCUGGCCUGGAAGCUGACCAGGUUCACGUGGCCUGGAUAUAGUUUAAUCUCACACGUUGGUCGCGCGAGGGCUUGUAGCGAUCGAAGGAUGGGGACGAUCGAAGGAGGAGGAUGCUGCGCUGUUGGUCCCGGCUAUGGAACUCCAUUGGACGCUACAAAGGGGCCGCGAGAAUCUUUGCUCUAUGUCACGGCGGUUUACACAGGAACUGGGCGAUCUUUGCCGGAUUACCUGGCUACGGUGGAUGUGGAUCCAAAAUCGCCAACAUUUUCAAAAGUAGUGCAUCGCCUCCCAGUUCCGCAUGUCGAUGACGAGCUCCACCACUCUGGAUGGAAUUCUUGCAGCUCCUGCCAUGGAGAGAAGGAUGCUGAGCGUCGCUACCUUGUUCUUCCAUCGUUAGUUUCUUCUCGAAUUUACAUUGUGGACACUCUGAAAGAUCCGAAAGCUCCAGUGCUUCACAAAGUGAUCGAGGCGGAGGAUAUAUACGAAAAAACUGGGCUCGCGUUUCCUCACACCGCGCAUUGCCUUGCUUCCGGCGAGAUUAUGAUCUCGUGCCUUGGAGACAAAGAAGGACGAGCACAAGGAGCUGGAUUCUUGCUCUUGGAUGGAGAAUUCAACAUCAAAGGAAGAUGGGAAAAACAAGGACACAGUCCCUCUUUUGGCUACGACUUUUGGUAUCAACCUCGUCACAAAACGAUGAUCAGUAGUUCCUGGGGGGCGCCCUCUGCGUUUACCAAAGGUUUCGAUUUGGGAGAUCUUUCCAAGGGUCUGUACGGGAGAGAACUCUUUGUGUACGACUGGCCGGGCGGAACUUUGAAGCAAACCAUCGAUCUCGGUGACACUGGAUUGAUCCCACUCGAGAUUCGGUUUUUACACAAUCCAGAAAAGGAUACUGGCUACGUAGCCUGUGCUCUGAGCAGUACUUUGGUCCGGUUCUUCAAGAAAGAUGAUAGCACUUGGGAUCAUGAAGUGGUGGUGACUGUUUCGCCGCUAAAGGUGAAGAACUGGAUCUUACCCGAGAUGCCUGGCUUGAUCACGGACCUUCUCAUCUCCCUGGAUGAUCGUUUCCUCUACUUUGUGAAUUGGCUUCACGGCGAUUUGAGGCAGUACAACAUCGAUGAUCCAUCCAAGCCUGUGCUAACCGGGCAGCUCUGGCUGGGAGGCUUGGUUUCCAAAGGCAGCAAAGUGUUGGUCGAGAGCUCUACCGGAGAAGACUGGCAAUCCAGCGUUCCUCCAGUCCAGGGGAAGAAACUGAGAGGAGGCCCCCAGAUGCUGCAGCUCAGCCUCGACGGCAAGCGUCUCUACGUGACAAACUCGCUGUUCAGCUCCUGGGACAAUCAGUUCUAUCCAGGCCUCGCGAGCGAAGGCUCUCACAUUCUCCAGGUGGAUUGCGACACCCAGAAAGGAGGCCUAGCUCUCAAUCACGAUUUCUUCGUCGAUUUCGGCGAGGAACCAAACGGGCCUGCGCUGGCGCACGAGAUGCGCUACCCUGGCGGCGAUUGCACCUCCGAUAUCUGGGUCUAAAAAUUUGCUCUUCAAAUUUUAGGGUUCUUCCACCGGGCCCCAAUUCACGACGCGUGGCAAACGCCAAGUGUCACAGACGUGGCUAUUUGUGACACGUGGUGACACGUCAUUGGCACUCGUGUCGAAACCUGACAAGGAAAUAAUUUUCUAGGGCU